GGGAGCCUCCAGGCGCGCGCCCGCCCGCGGGAGUGCUCGGCAGCGGUGGCGGCGGCGGCGGCGGCAGCUCCGGUCGAGCCGCGCGCGCUGCGACCCCGCUCCGCAGCCCGCUAGUCGCCCCCGACCCAGCCCCGGGCCCCGGCGUGGCCCCCAACCCGGCCCCCGCACCCGCCCCGCCGCCGACCCCAUGGAGCUGCUGGCCGCUGCCUUCAGCGCUGCCUGCGCCGUGGACCACGACAGUUCCACCUCGGAAAGCGACGCGCGCGACUCGGCGGCAGGACACCUGCCCGGCAGUGAGUCGUCCUCCACCCCGGGAAAUGGGGCCACGCCCGAGGAGUGGCCGGCCCUGGCCGACAGCCCCACCACGCUCACCGAGGCCCUGCGGAUGAUCCACCCCAUUCCCGCCGACUCCUGGAGAAACCUCAUUGAACAAAUAGGGCUCCUGUAUCAGGAAUACCGAGAUAAAUCGACUCUCCAAGAAAUCGAAACCAGGAGGCAACAGGAUGCAGAAAUACAAGACAAUACCAAUGGGUCCCCGGCCAGUGAGGACACUCCGGAGGAGGAAGAGGAAGAGGAAGAGGAGGAAGAGGAGCCAGCCAGCCCACCAGAGAGGAAGGCUCUGCCCCAGAUCUGCCUGCUCAGUAACCCCCACUCAAGGUUCAACCUCUGGCAGGAUCUUCCCGAGAUCCGGAGCAGCGGGGUGCUUGAGAUCCUACAGCCCGAGGAGAUUAAGCUGCAGGAGGCCAUGUUUGAGCUGGUCACUUCCGAGGCGUCCUACUACAAGAGCCUGAACCUGCUCGUGUCCCACUUCAUGGAGAAUGAGCGGAUAAAGAAGAUCCUGCACCCGUCCGAGGCGCACAUCCUCUUCUCCAACGUCCUGGACGUGCUGGCCGUCAGUGAGCGUUUCCUCCUGGAGCUGGAGCACCGGAUGGAGGAGAACAUCGUCAUCUCUGACGUGUGCGACAUUGUGUACCGUUAUGCGGCCGACCACUUCUCUGUCUACAUCACCUACGUCAGCAAUCAGACCUACCAGGAGCGGACCUAUAAGCAGCUGCUCCAGGAGAAGGCGGCUUUUCGGGAGCUGAUCGCGCAGCUAGAGCUCGACCCCAAGUGCAGGGGGCUGCCCUUCUCCUCCUUCCUCAUCCUGCCUUUCCAGAGGAUCACACGCCUCAAGCUGUUGGUCCAGAACAUCCUGAAGAGGGUGGAAGAGAGGUCUGAGAGAGAGUGCACUGCCUUGGAUGCCCACAAGGAGCUGGAAAUGGUGGUGAAGGCAUGCAAUGAGGGCGUCAGGAAAAUGAGCCGCACGGAACAGAUGAUCAGCAUUCAGAAGAAGAUGGAGUUCAAGAUCAAGUCGGUGCCCAUCAUCUCCCACUCCCGCUGGCUGCUGAAGCAGGGUGAGCUGCAGCAGAUGUCAGGCCCCAAGACCUCCAGGACCCUGAGGACCAAGAAGCUCUUCCACGAAAUUUACCUCUUCCUGUUCAAUGACCUGCUGGUGAUCUGCCGGCAGAUUCCGGGAGACAAGUACCAGGUAUUUGACUCAGCUCCGCGGGGACUGCUGCGUGUGGAGGAGCUGGAGGACCAGGGCCAGACGCUGGCCAACGUGUUCAUCCUGCGGCUGCUGGAGAACGCAGACGACCGGGAGGCCACCUACAUGCUAAAGGCGUCCUCUCAGAGUGAGAUGAAGCGCUGGAUGACCUCGCUGGCCCCCAACAGGAGGACCAAGUUUGUCUCGUUCACAUCCCGGCUGCUGGACUGCCCCCAGGUCCAGUGCGUGCACCCAUACGUGGCUCAGCAGCCAGACGAGCUGACGCUGGAGCUCGCCGACAUCCUCAACAUCCUGGACAAGACUGACGACGGGUGGAUCUUUGGCGAGCGUCUGCACGACCAGGAGAGAGGCUGGUUCCCCAGCUCCAUGACUGAGGAGAUCUUGAAUCCCAAGAUCCGGUCCCAGAACCUCAAGGAAUGUUUCCGUGUCCACAAGAUGGAUGACCCUCAGCGCAGCCAGAACAAGGACCGCAGGAAGCUGGGCAGCCGGAAUCGGCAAUGACCCCCAACCGGGGGGCCAGUGGGAGCAGGGCCUGCACGAGACCCUGACAGAAGGUGGGGGGCUCUGGGAAGCACAGGCCAGCGCCUCCCCAGGUGGCAGGAUCUGGCUUGGGGUGCCCGGCCCUCAUCCCUGCCCACGCAGUGAGUGCUCACGUGUCUUGGCCCCUUGCUCGCAAACUGGAUAAAGGGUGCCCAAGCCUCUCCUGAUGCAUUUGUAAACAAGAAGGUUUCAGCAGUAUUACGCCACCUCCCUCAUGCCUCCAAGGGGGUGGAAGGGGAUGGGCACACUCCAGGGCCCCCCACGCCCCUGGCCCCCAGGGACUGGAAGAGGCUCCCAACCCAGAGUGUCCCUGUGGGAGGCAGGCAGAAGGUGACAAUCGACACGAUUUCCUGCACGCGUCCUCCUCUACCUUGGAAGCAGUUAGAAUCCACCAGGCACAGAUGAGGCCGCCCUUGCCUGACAGAGCUUGAUGAGCAGCCCUUGGUCUCUGGUUCCCAGGACUGAGAGCCCAGCUGCGUCUGUCCACCCUUCCCCAGGCCUCUGCCAGCCUCUGGCUGCACGGUCAGGCCCUGCUCCACGGCAGGCCUGCCAGAGCUUGGCUGGGGACCCCUCCCGCCUCUGGAUCCCUGAUGGGCUGGAUGUAACUUGUGUCUUCUAGCCCCUUAAGGAGCCCAGGUGUUUUAAGGAAUGAAUUGGUCACUGCAUCUUGUAUCGAUUAUGGUUCUGAGAAAAGCAAAUAUCACUUUUGGCUGCAUUAAAAGAAGCAUCAUAUAUAAAAUAAAGAAGAUGAA